GGUUAAACACAUUUGAAAAUAAUAAAAACGUACCGGAUCACAAAUGUCAGAAGAGAAGUUUGAAAGUUCAAUCGAUAAGGCAGAUGAGGCGCACAAUGAAUCUGGUGAAGAUAGAAUAAAAAUAAAAUCUGAUGAUAAAAGUAAACAUAAACAAAAACUAGAAGAAGUUUCUGAGAAGCCUAAUGGUCGAACUAACAACAAUGACUGUGGAAAUUGUUAUUGUGCAAAGGAGAGAAAUCUUAACAUCGUAGAAUUGCUAUGUGCUAGCUGCUCAAGAUGGUUUCAUGAAUCUUGUAUUGGAUAUCAAUUAGGCAAACUAGUACCUUUUAUGAUGAAUUAUAUAUUCAUGUGCAAAAACUGUUCUCCUACGGGUUUGGAAAGUUUUAAAAAAAAUCAAGCACCAUUUCCACAAAUGUGUGUAACAGCAAUAGCAAAUUUGUUACAAAUGUCUCAAAAAGAAAAUGAAUCAAGGAUUAUGUUUCAUAAGGACAAAGAUAUUAUUCCCUUCAUUGAAUGCCAUUGGGAUAGUAUGACUACAAUGCCACGUAGAGUCACCCAAUCUUGGCAUGCUACUAUACACAGAGCACUACUAAAGGAUGUUGGAACAUUAUUCACUAUUGAUGACAAUAAUUCUGAUGGUCAACUAUUUGGACUUGUGUGUUCUGAUCUUUUAAUGAUCAAACCAAAUUAUGAAGCUAUGAUUAAAGGUGGUCAUUUAAAAGUAACCGAAAUGGGUGUCCAACAUGUUGUGCCACUUAGUGGAGGACUUCGCGGUCGCAAUGCAAAGCGUAAAUUUCCCGGAGAAGGAACAGGUACUGGUCCAGGAAAGAAGGGAAGAGGUUCAGAUAUGACUGCUCCAAAAUUACCUGCUCAUGGAUAUCCACUUGAGCAUCCUUUUAACAAAGAUGGUUAUAGAUACAUUCUUGCUGAACCAGAUCCUCAUGCACCUUUUAGACAGGAAUUUGAUGAAAGCAGUGAUUGGGCAGGCAAACCUAUUCCUGGAUGGCUGUAUAGAGGUUUGAGUCCAAGUACAGUCUUACUGGCAUUACAUGAUCGAGCUCCACAGCUGAGAGUUUCAGAAGACAGAUUGGCAGUCACAGGCGAAAAAGGCUAUUGCAUGGUCAGGGCCACUCAUAAUGUAAGUAGAGGCGCAUGGUAUUGGGAAGCCACUAUUGAGGAAAUGCCAGAAGGAUCGGCUACUAGAUUGGGAUGGGGUCAAGAAUAUGCUAACUUACAAGCUCCACUUGGUUAUGAUAAAUUUGGAUAUUCAUGGAGAUCUAGAAAAGGCACGCGGUUUCAUGAAAGUAGAGGUAAACAUUAUAGUAAUAGUUAUGGAGAAGGUGAUACUUUGGGGUUCCUAAUAAUCUUACCUAAUACACAUGAUGCUUCACACCUACCAAACACAUAUAAGGAUCGACCUUUAGUAAAAUUUAAAAGUCAUCUGUACUAUGAAGAAAAGGAUCAAGUACCUGAAGCGCUGAAGUCUCUGAAACCUUUAGAAGGCAGUAAAAUUAUUUUCUAUAAAAACGGCGUAAGUCAAGGCGAAGCGUUUAUCGAUAUCAAUAAAGGGGCAUAUUAUCCUGCAGUUUCUGUACACAAAAGUGCAACGGUUUCUGUAAACUUUGGACCAAACUUUAAGUGCCCGCCCGCCGAUGCCAUUUUUAGAGGAAUGUACGAUAGAGCAGAAGAAGCAAUAGCAGAACAAUCUACGGCCGAUAUACUUUAUUUCACUGAAAACGAGGGAAAGCUAAGGCUGGAUACUUUUGCUUUAUGA